GAUCUGUGGCAGGACCUGUUCCUUCACUGCAUUUUCAGAUCAUCUCGAAACCCUGUAAAACCGGAGGAGGAGGAAUUGCCAAACAUGCCUGUUCCCUGGGAAGCUCUCAUUCCGUUCGGUCUUUUGACCGCCAUGUUCGGUAUCACCGGUACUGGGUUCAAUGUUGCCAAGAGGUUGACGAACGAUGGCAAGCCUCCUCGAUACAACUUGGACCACUGGGAUCAGAUGAUGAUGGCUCGAGAUGAGCGGCUGACAGGAUCGUGGAGAGGACAGACAGUGAGUUAUGCGUAGGAGGUGUUGUGAUGUGGGUAUCACUGACGCUCAUGUCCUCACUCCGACCUGCAGUCCGAGCCUGUGGCACCAAAAUC